GAGCCGAGAGCGACACGAGAUUCAAUCAACGCGCAUGCGAAGACGCGCGGACCGAGAGUCAUCAUGAGAGUUGCACUGCUCCUCACGGCGCUGUUUCUUGUCAUCGGCGUUGCGAUGGCUGGUUACCGAAGAGGAUAUGGAGGCUACGGAGGCUACGGAGGCUACGGUGGAUACGGAGGCUACGGAGGAAGUGGAUACGGAGGCGGCUACGGCGGUGGUUACCGGGGUUACAAUCGGCCCUAUGGCUACGGAGGCUACGGUGGUGGCGGACGUGGCUACUACGGUGGAUACGGAGGUCAUGGUGGUUAUGGACAUCACCACGGCUAUCAUCACCAUCCUCAUCAUCAUUAUCAUCAACACCACAGACCAUAUGGUUAUGGCGGAUACGGUGGUGGCUACGGAGGUGGUGGUUACGGUGGUGGUGGCUACGGCGGCUACGGGGGAUAUGGUGGUUACGGAUAUGGGCGCUGACAGAGGAAGAACUACUAUUGUAUAGAACAUGGCUGAUGCUAUUCUUGUAUAAAUUAUGCUUUGGCGAGAGA